CAAAACUUUAUCCAUUCGCAUGGCGUUUAUUUUCCAACAAUUUUCUACCGAGUUGAACGUCCACUCUCAAACACACACACUGUUAGCUGGGAAAUAGAGAAAAAAAUAGAAUAAAACUGCAGAGAAAAAAUUCAAGUGCACAUAAUUUGGCCAUCACACAGUGCGCACAGAUUUUGUGAGAGUGGAAAUUUUUGGCAUUUUUGCAGCUUAACUUGCUAAACUAUUUGAAAAUUUUGGUGCAACGCUUCUGCCUCUACACCCAUUUAAAAAAACAAAAAAUAGUAAAAGAAAAAACAAAAGGAAACGCAGCCGCUUGGCAACCAUCACCGACCACCCCCCGAAAAAAAUACCCCCCCAAAAAAGGGUUGUGAAUAAAUUUCGGCUUUGUUGGUUCAAUAACUUGGAGCGUUGGCAACCCAACGGCCAAAAUGGCCGUUGUGUGGGACAUGAGCCAAUGGACCCGGACCGACAGUCUGCAGCCGACGGUCCGCUCGAGCGGUACACUCAUAACGAGCGGUACCCGUACCAACAUGUACGGUCGUCAAGCGGGCGGUGCCAAUCAAUCGGCGCUUAAUGGUGCCUCAAAUGGUGCUGCAAAUAGUGGCGGUGGUGGCGGUGCCCUCGGACAUGAUAAACUAAAAAUUGGCUUCUGCACGGAUCUGGACAAAUCGGUUUUGGUCAACAAUUUCGAAAAACGCGGCUGGCAUCAGGUGAACGGUGACGAUGAUUGGCAUUUCUAUUGGGCCGGCGUGCAAACCUGUCGCAAUAUCUUUAGUGUGGAUAGUGGUUAUCGGAUGCAUGACAACCAGAUGAUCAAUCACUUUCCCAAUCACUAUGAACUAUCGCGCAAGGAUUUGUUGGUGAAAAACAUUAAACGUUAUCGCAAGGACCUCGAAAGGGAUGGUAAUCCCUUGGCGGAGAAAACGGAAUCAAAUAAUUCCAGUGGCACUAGGUAUUUGUAUCUGGAUUUUGUGCCCACGACAUUUGUACUGCCAGCGGAUUAUAACAUGUUCGUUGAGGAAUAUCGAAAGUUUCCGUUGAGCACGUGGAUCAUGAAACCCUGUGGAAAAUCCCAAGGAGCGGGUAUAUUCCUAAUCAACAAGUUAUCUAAGCUGAAGAAGUGGUCGAGGGAGGCCAAGGGUCCCUUUCAUCCACAAAUAGCCAAGGAGUCGUAUGUCAUAUCAAGAUAUAUAGACAAUCCCCUGUUGAUUGGUGGUAAAAAAUUUGAUCUCCGUCUAUAUGUUCUAGUGGCUUCUUUUAGACCCCUGAAAGCUUACCUAUUUAAGCAGGGUUUCUGCCGAUUUUGCACUGUAAAAUAUGAUACAAGUGUUACGGAACUGGACAAUAUGUACGUACAUUUGACCAAUGUGAGUGUGCAAAAACAUGGUGGUGAAUAUAAUACCCUACACGGUGGCAAGUGGUCAGUGCAAAAUCUGGCUUUAUAUCUGGAGGGAACGCGGGGAAAAGAGGUAACGGAUCGUUUGUUUGGAGCCAUUUCCUGGCUUAUAGUGCACUCCUUAAGAGCCGUGGCUCCUGUGAUGGCCAGUGAUAGACAUUGUUUCGAGUGCUAUGGCUACGACAUCAUAAUAGAUAAUGCUUUGAAACCUUGGCUAGUGGAAGUCAAUGCCUCACCUUCGCUAACUUCAACGACUGUAAAUGAUAGAAUACUGAAAUACAAGCUGAUUGACAAUAUAUUGUCGGUGGUUUUGCCCCCCGAUGGAGUGCCCGAUGUGCGGUGGAAUAAAGUGCCCAGUGCAGAUGCUUUGGGUAACUUUGAGCUACUCAUCGAUGAGGAGUUGGCCGCUCAAGAUGAGCAGCACCAAAAUAGCAGCAGUAAUGCUCACAGUAAAACCUCUAAAAUGGGCAGCCGCUGGAAGUGACGAAAGUAGGUUAGGGGAAGGUAUUCAUUGGGUCUUCAAAAGUAAUAAUAGUCUGCUCUAAAUAAUGCCUAUAAAUAUUUGUGAAAGUACAUAACGUCAUACCAAACUAAAAAAAAGACUUGCUAUUAAAAUAUCAAUGUAAACAUACACUGUAUAAUUGUUUCUCAUAGAAAUAAAUUAAAACAUUAAAUAAAAUUGGGAAAAA